CGCCUUGGCGAACCCCGGCUCACAUCUUUGUAUUGAUUCCGUUCCGCAGCCCGCGCUUCCCUGCGGCGUCUUCCUUUCUGUGGUUCGCAGUCCUCGUAUAUUUCCCGUGUACACCGAAGUUUUCAUCAAUUUCUGAGCUCAGGACUUAUAAAAGCCGUGACCAUGAGUUCGGAAUGCUACACGCGAGUAUACGUCGGUGGUCUGAACGAGGGUAUCAAGAAGGAGGACUUACAGGUGGAGUUUGAAAAGUAUGGAAAACUGAACAAAGUGUGGGUGGCAUUCAACCCCCCAGGCUUUGCCUUUAUCGAAUUUCUAAAUGAAGAUGAGGCCGAAGUAGCCUGCGACAAUAUGAACGGCACAGAGAUCAUGGGGGCAAAACUUAGGGUUGAAAUCUCACGUGGUCGCGGACGAGGAGGUAGUAGAGGAGGCAGUGGCGGGUUCAGAGGGGGUCGUGGGGGAAGCGGUGGUAGUAGAGGUUUUGGAUCCAGGGGUGGGAAUGGGGGAGGCUACAGAGGAGGCGGCAGCAGUUACGGAGAUCGUGGCAGUUCCGGUGGUGGAUACCGCGGAAGCAGAGGCGGUGGGGGUGGUAGGGGCAGCAGAGGUCGUUUUGGCGAUGACUACAGCUCUAGUCGCAGCAGUGGCUACGGAAGUCGUGACAGCUACAGCCGUGACAGCUACGGAAGUAGUGGCGGAGGAGGUGGUGGUGGGGGUGGUGGUAGUGGCAGUGACUACUACAGCGGAAGAGACAACGGAUCGUCAAGGUAUCGCAGUCGAUCCCCGGCUGGGCGUGGCAGCCCACGCGACACAUCUCGUUCUGGCUAUGGCGAAGAUCGUACGAAUGAGGGUGGCAGAUUCGGGUCAACAAACUAGUCAGCAAAUAAUCAGUCAUCGUCAUCUGCGUGAAUGCACAUAAAUGAACUACGCUGCGUUACCACUAUGAACUGCGGGCCAUUCAACAACCCGCCUCGACGACUACGUUCUGUCCAAUCUACGCAGCGAUAUGUACAUAUAUACAAGUUUAAUUAUUACGAUUACGCUAAAACAAACUUAUUAUUUUCACAACUUAUAUCAUGGUUUAUACUUCGAUGCCAACGCUUCUUCGCAAAUUUUACGAUUUGAAAAGAGAGAAACAAACAUUCUAGUGAAUAGCUGGUGUAUAGCUAAGCUGCCGAGUAGCAAAUUCUGCCGUUGGCUAAUUUCAACUUGCAAAUUCAAACGAAGGGAUUUCGCAUUGCCCUGAUAAACCAACCACAGAUUGGCCAUAGCGAAAGAAAAUCCAUCGAUGAGCUUUUUUCUGCUUCAGAAUUGUGAUACAAGAUAUUCUAGCUGCUCGGCUGAUAAUAAUAGAAAACAUUCAAUAAUCAAUUAUCUACCAAGCGCUCCGAAAUUAACAAAAUCAAUGCAUGACUGCAGACUGCACUCUGAUAUGAAUUUUCGAUAAUUAUCUAGCCGCGUUAAGAGAACCGGAUUGGUUUUACUUGGUUGCCGGUUGAUUUGGAUUUAUUUCCUAUUUUUUUACUAGUUUGUUUUAUCUUAUAUGCGUUUUUUUACAUACCAAACAAUUAAAAACAAUCUUAAAAUUGAAAUUAUUAUCGUUGUUGUUAAAAUGGAUGAACUAGUACUACAGUUUUUUAAAUUUUCACUUGGAAAAUGAUCGACCUUUAUUUACUAUUCAUAAUAAUAGAAAUGUUUUUAUAUAAAAAUGAUAAUAAUAAAUACAUUAAUCAACGCAAUGUACCAAGACCAGAAAAAUUACGUAUCGUACGGCCGGCCACAAGACUUCAUUUAGUUGUGAAGCUGGCUCAAAAUCGCUACGAGUAUACAUGAAAUAAUUUUGAACCUCCAGUUGGCUUCGUUCUUACAUAAUGUCAUAAAUCAAUAGAAAUGUAGGAUAUAUUUACAUAGUGAAGGCCAGGGUUGGUAUUUCGUUACACAAUUUUGUAAUUCUCCAAUAUACAACUUCUCAACGUGAAAACGAAAGGAAAUAGACUUUGCAAACUGCGACGACUUUUGUGAUCUGUCGUACUGAAUCAGAACACAAGAAACAUGAAAAGUAGAUGAAUGAACGACGAGAAAGUAAAACCCGUAUCCUGGCAAAAAUGUUUCAAUCGACUGUAAAUUACUAUUGCAAAUUGGAAAAGAAUUAAAUAACUUGCGCACACCACUGCCCGCCACCCCUGCCUGUCUGCCCGCCUGCCUGCCUGCCCACUGUCUCCGUCUAAUUUAUUGAACAGUAUCAGUUGAAUACCUAUAAAGUACCAUUGCCGAAAGAUCUCUGAAAAAUAAUGAAGUGCCAUUUCCGUAAAAAAACAUUGUCAAGACUCACCGCCUACUUGGAAAUACUUAGAUGAUUCGAUACUUGGCCUUCAAAAAACGUGGUAUUAAAGCGAAAAAAUAUAUUAUAAACGACAACCGCGAUUUUUUUUUCUCGUGUUUUUCAAAUCAUUUCAUGACUAACCGCGUUCUGGAAUCAUCCGAAAAUUGAACUUCACCAAAUAUAUUUCGUCGGUAUUAAACAGUUAGUGAAAUGUAGUGCUACUCGACUCAUUUGUGAUCAAAUGGAUAACUUCGGUCGCCAAUGUUCUCGAGGGUAAUUUUGAAAUUGGUAUUUAUAUCGUUGCCAGCUCAUCGGACGUUUGUUCACCUCAUUCGAAUUUUCGUCAUUAUUUAUGAAUGGAAUCACACCUGAUGGAAGGAAAAGAAAUGAAGUGGAAUAAAAUGAACAAUAUUUGAUAACAUAAAUCUGCUUGCUGCUACUGAGAUAAAUUUCUGUGCAUCGUCAAAAAAAAGUUCUUCGUCUUGGAUAGAAGAUCAAAGACUCACUUCGUAUUCUUCUGGUGUUUCUAUGAUUCUUUGGUUUCUCAAAACAUUGAUCUGCGCUCUACAGACUAGAUUCGAUUACGCGUGUAAGUUGGAGAGGGACCCGUAAUGCGUAAGUAUUGUGAUCUAACAAUAUCGAUAGAUUAGAGUAUUGAAAAAUAAAAAAAAUUUUUGGCGUGAUUGAGUUUGCUGUGUGAUUGAUGUUGAUGUGUGUUCAGGUCAACUAUAGAAAUGAGUUUUGCCACUACCACAAUAUUAUAAGUUCAUCAAAAUAUUUCAAAGAAAUUGCCAGAAAGUGUUUGAAAAGGAUUAUGAUUUCUAAAAAUAGAUUAAAAAAAUAAAGGUAUAUGAAAAAACCAUUGUGUCACUACCUAAAAGUAUUUGGGAUAACAUUGGAUACAAGCUACUUGUAUCAGUUAUGGGGUUACGGGAAAAUUUAUGUCAAUAAUAUUGCAUGCAUAUCAGUUUGUUUUGAUAAAAAUGUUAUUUUUUUUUUCAAUUUCUAACACCCAUUAUACACAGAGAAGCAUCACUUGAUGCUAGCGAGUAACAUAGAUCUACGAUCAGUGUUUUGGAAGAGUGCACGAAUUAGCUGUUUCACCUGAGCAGCUGUGAACUCAUGUGCCAGCGGCCCUUUUCCAUCAGCCCAUCUGUCGUCGAUCUCUUUCAGGGAGGCUCCAAGUACGUUUACUAAUUCCGAUAACUUCCGCCAUCGCUUAACGUGAAUUUGAAUUGUAUUCGGUUCCUAAAAAAUAGAAAUUAUUGUCUCAGAACCUUGACCUCAACAGAAAUAUAAAAAAAUGCAUUUCUUAAAGUA